UUUCACAUUCUUCACUCUUUAUUCCCACCGCUUUCCCCUGUCUUCACAGGUCACGCACCCAACGAGCAUUUCACGUCAAUCUCCGCGCAACUCGUCAAACCGCUACAAUUUUCCUUGAAUACCGCGCUCCUCCUAAUCAGGAGUUGUCUGAUGGCUAAAUGUCGCAAAAACCGCGGAAGUUUCAGCGCGUUUCCAUGGCCUGCGACUUUUGCAACAAACGCAGCAUCAAAUGCAGCCAGAGCGAGGACCCUUCAGCACGCUGUCGGAAUUGCGUGGACUUUGAUGUGCCCUGUACCUUUGAUCGUCCCGCAAAACGCCGGGGUGUCAAGGCUGGCACCCGGGCAAGUGGUCGCAAUCAUCAGUUUGUGAGAGCACCAGUCAGUCAUAAUAUUCCCACAGAGGCAGUGACUGCAAGUGACAGAAGAGCCUCCGACUCUUCGAUUUCUCGCAGUCCAUACUGCGCGUCGGUCUCCGCUGAUCCCUGGUCUACCUUAAACCAGGGGUGGCCAACAGCCGAGGGAGAUGACCAUGAUGGGGUGCUUCACGAUUCUUGGAAAGCAUUUGCCAUUACUUGUGACCGGCAAAUAAGGAAGCUAGUCCAUCUUUAUUUCGAGAUCGUCUAUCCAAUAUUUCCCUUGUUUCACAUGCCGUCAUUCGUAGAGCAGGUCAACAGCAAGAAGCAUCUUUGCAACCAAGGGUUCUUUGCAUCCACGAUGGCUGUCUGCUCCUUGGUCGCUGGUCGUGUACGUGACGGUGCGUUGUACUCUAAUCGCUGGGACCGAGAAGAGCUUAUAGAUCCACCGUCCGAGACUUUCUUUGUAGCUGCUAGGGACUCGAUUCCUCGGGACCUUGUCGCAGCCAAAGGUAUUCAUUAUAUGCGAGCGUGUGCCAUACUUGCUAUCGCCAGCAUUCAAAAUGGCCAGAUCAAAAAUAUGCAGAAGUAUUUCGGUCUUUACCACACCUUAACUUCAUUGGAUGGCCUGUAUGACGAAAAGUUCUGGCCACAGGACUUGAAUCCAAUUCAGACGGAGGAGCGACGGCGACUUUUCUGGUCUAUUUAUACGCUUGAUAUUUAUUCAAGUGUUGUAUGGGGUGGCGUUAUUCGACAUCGUGAAGCCCAUUCCUUAGUGCGCUAUCCUAGCGAAUUGGACGACGAAUUCAUUACAAACCGCGGCUAUGGCGUGCCGUCUAUAUCCCCGGGAUUGAACUCGCCUCUAACUGGCAACGUUACUGUCGUCUCCCGCCAGCCUGUACCCUGGCUGCGUGGUUGGAACUUCACUACAGACCUUUACCGCAUUCUUGAGCACAUAGUCGAUGGCAAUAGACGCCGCUUCUCUUCGGCUAAUGGGAUGACACAAGUUUGGCCUCUCUUUAAUCGUUUAUCCAUCUCAGAGCCGGCGGUCAUGGAGCAGGUACUUACUAUGUACUCAGCUCUUCCGUCACAGUUUCGGGAAACGCCGCCCAUCACAGGAGACAUGUCUAAGAAUUUAUUCGGGUUCCAGUCAGCCAACAUCCAGGCGACGCUACAACUUUUGCGGAUGGUGCUCUUGUCUACCGAGGAAAUUGGGGUGGAGAGGAAAUGUGAUGUAGCGGGCGAGCUGUUGAGCGGUUUUUCGAGUGUACCCAUCGAGUACUUGAAAGCUAUCAGCUCCCCUUUGCUCCAUCACCUCGGCGGAAUUGGCUACAUUCUUGGCUCUGUUAUGGAAGGCAAUUUGUCUGAAGUAUCCUACACGCGAGCUCGCACAUUACUGUACAUUAUGCUCAUUCAGUGGUAUCCAUUUAAGCCCUAG